CCCCUCCGGCGGCGGGAGAGCGGCGAGCACGCCCUGAUCCCAGGCCAGGGAGGUGCGCGGCGGCGGGACGAGCCCAGCGCAGGAGCCGGGGAGCCGGCACCAUGGUGCUGUCCGUGCCCGUGAUCGCGCUGGGCGCCACGCUGGGCACGGCCACCAGCAUCCUCGCGCUGUGCGGGGUCACCUGCCUGUGCCGGCACAUGCACCCCAAGAAAGGGGUGCUGCAGCGGGACCGGGACCCGGAUCCGGAGAAGGCUAGGCCCGGUGUGCUCCGGUCCGCCCAACAGUUCAAUGUCAAAAAGUCCACAGAGCCCGUCCAGCCCCGAGCCCUCCUCAAGUUCCCAGACAUCUAUGGACCCAGGCCGGCUGUGACAGCCCCGGAAGUCAUCAACUAUGCCGACUACACGCUGAGGACCACCGCAGAGCCCAAUGCACCUGCUAGCCCCCAGGCUCCGAAUGACAGCCGCCUCAAGAGGCAGGUCACAGAGGAGCUGUUCGUCCUUCCUCAGAAUGGUGUGGUGGAAGAUGUCUGUGUCAUGGAAACCUGGAACCCAGAGAAGGUUGCCAGCUGGAACCAAGCCCCCAAACUUCACUAUUGUCUUGACUACGACCGACAGAAGGCUGAACUGUUUGUGACUCGCCUGGAAGCUGUGAUCAGUGACCACGAUGGGGGCUGUGACUGCUAUGUCCAGGGCAGUGUGGCCAACAGGAUGGGCUCCGUGGAGGCCCAGACGGCCCUGAAGAAGCGGCAGCUGCGGACCACGUGGGAGGAAGGUCUGGUGCUCCCUCUGGUGGAGGAGGAGCUCCCUGCCGCGACCCUGACCCUGACACUGCGGACCUGUGACCGCUUCUCCCGCCACAGUGUAGUCGGGGAGCUGCGCCUGGGCCUGGAUGGGGUGUCCGUGCCUCUAGGGGCCGCCCAGUGGGGCGAGCUGAAGACUUCAGUUAAGGAGCCGUCUGCUGGAACUGGAGAGGUCCUUCUGUCCAUCAGCUACCUCCCGGCUGCCAAUCGCCUCCUAGUAGUGCUGAUUAAGGCCAAGAACCUCCACUCUAACCAGUCCAAGGAGCUCCUGGGGAAGGAUGUCUCAGUCCGGGUGACCUUAAAGCACCAGGCUCAGAAACUGAAGAAGAAGCAGACGAAACGAGCCAAGCACAAGAUCAACCCUGUGUGGAACGAGAUGAUCAUGUUUGAGCUGCCGGAUGACCUGCUGCAGGCCUCCAGCGUGGAGCUGGACGUGCUGAGCCAGGGUGCCGAGGGGCAGAGCUGCACGCUCGGGCACUGCAGCCUGGGCCUCCACGCCUCGGGCUCCGAGCGCAGUCACUGGGAGGAGAUGCUUAAGAACCCGCGCCGGCAGAUCGCCAUGUGGCACCAGCUGCACCUGUAGCCGGCCACCGGGGCUGCCUCCCUCCUUGGGCACAGCCCGUCCCUCCAGCCCCAGCUGUCCUCUGUGACCUCCUCUUGUGCCCUAUCCACAUUCUGACACCAGAAGACAGACAUAUGUGCAGAGACCUGGACCCUAUUCCUCUCCCAUCACACUCUCGUUUCUAAAAAAUGAGCAAGGCUGGGCAGGGCAGGGCAGAGACGGGACAUCUGGGUCACUGAGGAAUGCAUUUCGUUCUGGGUUAUUGAAGAGAUGCUUAUCAAAUUAUCAAACACAGCUCAUGUGCAGGUACUGCAGCGGGGGUCGGGCCAGACUCAGAGAAAGCUUAACUUGGGGAAUAAUGGAUGCAAAGGAUGGGCUUUUCAAAAAUAAGCAUUUCAUAAGUGUGGAAGGAAAUGAAAUCUCUUGGAUCAUCUCAUAAGAAUUAGAGACUGUCAGGGCGGGACGGAAUCUUAGCCAGCAUUAAAUCAUGCUUCUAAUCCAAGCAGCAACUUGCCCAGCAGUUCUCAAACCUUAGUGUGUGAAGAAUCACCAGCAGAUUCCGGGACCCUGCUUUAUACAUUCCAAAUCCGUAUUCCCGGCUGAACCCCAGGAGCCUGCAUUUUUAACAAGGACUGAGUGGUUUUAAUGCUGAGGCUGGGGCACUGCUCUUGAAGAAGUCCCUCUUACAACAUCCUAGACGGGGAUUCCCAGUCCUCAUCGGGCCCCCAACACCUGGGGCAGCCAGUGUCAAUGCUGGACACCUUAACUGUCAGUGUGCAAUUUGGGAACUUCCAUUUUUUAUUUAAAUAUUUGAAUUCUUAAUGUUUUUAUUUGUGCUUUUCCGCUCCUUCUCUUGGACUGAAUUUUGUGCUUUCUAUUAAAUAAUUGUAUUGUCUCAUCGCAAAAUCAGUUUAUAUUAUACUCGGGGAGACCUUCUAUGACCAGGGAGAGGUGGGAUCUCCUGUUAGUUACUGGGCACUGGUUGUCACGUCCACCAGCAUCACCAAAGGGACCCUCUGAGUCAGACCCGUCCCUUCUCAGCAUAGCAGUCAUUUGAGGAGGAAUUCAGUUUGGGGCAUGUAUUCAUUUAGUCUGACUCUGUGGAGGUGGAGAAGGAAAUGAGGUCCUUUGCAAAUGUGCCUCCUUCCUUCCCGUUUUAGGGCCUGUCACCUUAAUCAGUAAAUAACCAGCAGCUAGGUUUCAAAUCACUACCGUAUUAUUCCAAAUAGCUGCCCACAUCAUUAAGUGUAUUAUGAGCCCUGCUGAGCGGAUAUAAUAUUUUUCUGGGAACCAGAAUUCCUAGGUCCUUUUGGCGGCCACCUGUCAAAUAGGACUAAUGACACGGCAGCUGUCUCUAUGAAUGAUGUGACAGAUGAAAUAGUUGUAGAGCUAUAGGUAAAGUCAUCAGACAUGUCAGCAGUUGGCCUAGAAAUUCAUGACACUGAGUUUUACCAUUCACCUAAUGACAAUUAUAGCUCGCUAUGUAAGUGUAAUUAAUGAGAGAGAGGAUAGAAAAGCUGUGCUUCCCCACCAAAACUCCGUCUUGGUGAAUUUUAAAUUACCCAGAGAUAUCAGACAGCCAAAUCAAAGUCUUCAGUAAUCUUUGCAUCAGCUUACCUGGUACCAGAUCCAUUUGCAAUCUGCUACCAAAUUAGAGUAACUGAGUCUGUGCGAAGACACUGGAUCUUUCUUUGAAAGGAACACCUUGUCCUUUGCCAGGGAGCCUUUUCUAAGAAGUGCAUGAAGCAGAGGUGAAAAUAAAGUGAGAAGCCAUCUCAGAGCGGGCUGUCGCCCACAAGGUGAUCUGGCUCUGUCACACACACAGUGAUGGGGCUAGAGAAUUGGGUGUCCAGUCUCAUUAAUCUGUGACCCUACUUCUUGCAUCAAAUCCGUGUGUAUUUUUUGAGCACCAACUGAUCAAUUGUGUGCAUCUGUCCAUUUCAAUUGGAGAUAUGACUCUUAGUGUAGACUGAGUCACAAAUCACCCCACAUGACAUUAUGUAGAGAGUGCAAGACGGGAGAGCAGCUCUUCAGGGGCAAUUCCUUUGGGAUAUAAGGGCGUCCUGGGCUGCAGGCUGCAGAAGCUUAUACCAGAUGGAAGUGAGGACCACCAGAAGAGAGUCCUUGUGAUUUCUUUUUGCUGCCUGUGUUUCCUGUUGUCAAUGCUAAGUGUGUGUCUGUUUUGCAGUCAUGAACUAAAGCACAAAAAAGACGCAUGAGACGUAGUCAUAUGUCUGGUGUCACACUUUGGAGCAAAACCUUUCAGUGGUAAAUAAAUAAUUUCCAACAGA